CUGAGGCUGUAUUAAUAAUUAUUACUUGAAACUUUCCUCACGUCAGAUGAUCAGAUUGCAAUUAUUAAAGAUUGCAAAGAGCUUAAAUUUAUUUUAAUUGAACCGUAUAUGAUAUACGUGACAUAUUAUACAUAAUCUUGAUUCAGCUGAAAAACACAUCUAACUAUAAAUUUAAAUAUGAAUAUCUCACCAGAAGCAACGUUCAAGUAACGAUUAUUAAUACAGGUUUUAAACUCAGAUUAGUGUUUAAUCGACGUUGGUAGAAAGGAAUAUUAGUCGUGUGAUUCUUGAAUGUCCUUUUUCAGCCUGUGACUUGAAGUAACGAAUCGAGUCAAUUGUAACGGAUAGUUACAAGAGUUAAUUGUAACGUUAUAGAUCUGACUGGCUGUAGGAGUCUUUUAUCUUGUAUCAUAUUUAUAAAAAUGGAUCUUUUAUUGGAUUUAUUUUUCUAUGAAGAUGACAAUGAUGCUGAAUAUAUUGCACAAGCUAUUCGAGAACGACACAUUGAAAUACAAAUGUAUUAUGAACAUGUUAUUAUGGGAUAUUCAUUAAAUGAUAAGUAUAAUAUAAAGAUUAUUUAGUAAAGCAAUUCUCAUAAAAAGUAGUUAACCAUUAUAUUAAUUUUAAUAAAAAUUUUAUCAAGAAGUAUUCUAAAAAAUAAUAUCAAAUGCACGGCAAGUGAUGUUCUUAAUAAUAGUCUUUGAUAAUAAUUCGUUUUGUAUAAAACUAUUUUGACUUACUUUUCAGUUGAAUAAAAAAGUCUGAUAAAAAAUGAAUUUGGAGAUAGGCCAAAAUACCUUACAAAGCAAUGACACAUAUGGUAUAUAUCUAUUCUAUGUAAUUGACAUUCUAUGAUUGUUAUAUUAUAAUUAUAUAUUAAAUUAUAUAUUAAAUUCUUUUUUAUUCAGAAAAUAAGUUACAGUGGACCGAAGUAAUGACAAUAUUAUUGUUGUCAGAGAUAGAACAUAAAGAAGAUUUUAACUCACAACCACAAAAAGCUUUAUGGAAACAUAUUUGUGCUGCCAUUAAUGAAUUUAGCUAUAAUGUAACAGCAGACCAGUGUUGUUCCAAAUGGAAAAGUUUGAAGAGAAAAUAUAAGCAAAUAAAGGAUAAUAAUAAUCGUAGUGGUGCAGGAAAACAGCAGUGGGUUCACUUUAACAGCAUUGAUAAUAUCAUGAAGACGAGACCUGAAAUUAAUCCUAUAUCAUUGGCUUCAAAUAUUGGUGGCUUCCGCAUGCGUAAAGUCGAAAAUAUUGAACAUUAUAAAUUAAUGAUAAAUGAUGAAAAUGCUGAUGAGACUGCAAGUGCUGUGUUUUCACUGGACAGAAAUGCAAUCGACAGAGACACACGUAGACCAAUCAGUAGAAGAUCACGAUUAGAACCAUAUUGGGCAGUAGCUCUUCGAGAACAAAGAGAACGGCACCAUAAAGAAAAUGUUCGUCAAAGACAGCGCUUUCUCUUUGCUCUUAAAUAAGUAUUGAAAAAAUAAGAUUGUUUUGGUACUUAAAUACGA